UGGGUGGCUUUUCCGGAGACGGUCUGUUUACUGACAGACGCCCUCUAAGCGAGCUGUAUGGUGAUAUUCUUUCCAAUUGAAUAAAACACCCAAGUUUUUCUAUUUUCCUUCAGUAAAACUUUUUUUUGUUGGAAAAUAGAGAAAAUCGUCGAAUUGUUUAAUUUCCACCUCGUCUCCCGGUCCGGCUUCGCCCUAUUGAUAUACGUUCACGGGCCUGUUGGGUUUGAUGGCGGCCGGACGACCGGUUCACUCGGCUUCUUUUUGGAAAUGAAUCGCCCAGUUUCUUAGCUGGUGAUCUCGGAAAUAGCGUUCCGAGAAAUCAACACGAAAGGCGUUGGCUGUGAAAAUGUCUGGUGCUGGAUCCAGUGGUACAGGUAGAGGCAGAGGUGCGGCAUCGGUGCCAGAGACUGCAAAAACUGAGAGCAAGGAAGUAAAGCCAAAUCCAAAAAUGUCCAAAGCUUUGUCGACAUCUGCCAAAAGGAUUCAAAAGGAGCUUGCUGAAAUCACGUUAGAUCCUCCUCCAAACUGCAGUGCGGGGCCUAAAGGUGAUAAUUUAUAUGAGUGGGUGUCCACAAUUCUUGGUCCUCCUGGCUCGGUCUACGAAGGAGGAGUAUUUUUUUUAGAUAUACAUUUUUCACCCGAGUAUCCGUUCAAGCCACCUAAGGUCACAUUCCGAACUCGAAUUUACCACUGUAACAUUAACAGCCAAGGUGUUAUCUGCUUGGACAUCCUCAAAGAUAACUGGUCACCGGCUUUAACUAUUUCGAAAGUCUUAUUGUCAAUUUGUUCACUGUUGACUGACUGCAAUCCAGCUGAUCCUCUAGUAGGAAGUAUAGCAACUCAGUAUCUUCAAAACAGGGAAGAACACGACCGCAUAGCCCGACUGUGGACAAAACGCUAUGCCACGUGAUUUAACAUGGUCUGUUUGUAUUAUCAACAUUACCUUGUCAUCGUAGACCUUGGGAAAACCAAUCUAGUUCCUGCUAAUGUGCUCACUGUGCUCUCUACCUCUUUUUAUUUGUCACUUAUAUAAUUUAAUAAUUAUUUCUCUUGUUUCGUAUGUCAGGGCAGAGUAAUGAUUACAAAGAAAAAUUUGCCAAUUAUAAAGCUGUGGUUUUCCCAUUGUCCAAAACACAAACAAAAAAAAGAUAAAAGAUAAAAUUAAAAAAAAAAUUGUACUAAGCUAGAUAAUUGUGUUUGUUCUCUUCCCUUAUUGUUUACAACUGAACUGUAUCCAUCUAGUUCUAUUGUUUUUUUGUUUUGUUUUUUUCUUAUUUCCUCUGAAACAACUUUCAAUUUUUGUGUAUUGUGUUGCAGAGGUGAAGAAUUUUUUUAAUUCGUAGGAAGUCAUGGAUAAUUUAAAAAAUAUUGUGAUUUAAUAAUGUAAAAGGGAAAAAAUUGAAUUGACACCAUUUGAAAGUCAGACUUUGUGUAAUAUAUAACUAGGUUAUAGAUUUAAUUUUUUAUUACAUUUUUCUUUUAGUUGUACAAUAUUUGAGUAUUCAGAAAAAAAAAUUCAAAAUGAUGUUUUCCCCCAAAAUAUAUGUGAACGAUAUUUUA